GUUUGUUCACAUUUCAUCAUGGCGGUUUUGUCGUAUUCUGCUCUUUUCUCGUGUUGUCGGUGGUUUAGCUCUAGGAUGUGCCACAAUACAUCUUUGAUUAUUCCAGCCGUACAAUUUUCUUCCCUCUCGUGCACGACGAGAUUAAUUAAACCGGUCACCAGAUUGUCUUUGCGAUGUCCACGUGCAUUUUAUUACGUGAAGCCAAAAGAAAAAAAGGGUCCAACACUCAAGGGUUGGUUAUAUUUUGCAGCUGGUGGUGUUGGAGUGAUCACAGGAGCUGUGGUUUUCCUAGGUCUACCUGAUCCAGAAAAUCCCGAAGAUGGAUACAAAAAUGAGUUAAUGCCAAUGCAGUUUAUUUAUAGAACAAGGGACAAGAUCUGGGAUUUUUAUGAGCGUAAAAGUGGCUGGCGUUUCAGGAAAAGACCAGGAGUGGAUGCUUUUCUUAAUCAGCUUGGGCCACCUCUAUUUGAAGUCGUCAUAUACACGCACGAAGCUGGAUUUAGUGCUGCACCUGUAGUGGAUGGAUUAGAUCCAAUUGGACUUAUCAUGUACAGACUUUAUCGAGAUGCUACACUGUAUACUGAUGGAACACAUGUUAAGGAUUUGUCCGCCCUAAACCGAGACCUCUCAAAAGUCAUCAUGAUCGACUGUGACGAAAAAGCGCCAAAGGACAACCCUCGAAACGCCAUCAUUCUCAAGAAAUGGGAAGGUGACCCAACCGACAGAAGAUUGUUUGAUCUUAUUCCUUUUCUUCUUACCAUUGCCACUUCAAACGUUGAAGACAUCCGCACGGUAUUAGACUUUUAUCGACAAGAAGAUGACAUAAUUGAAGCCUUCAAACGGAACCAGGCUAGGCUUCGAGAAGCAGAAGAGGCUAGGCUACCGCAGCAAGGUGCAAGAUCAUCAUGGUCUGGUGUGUUUGGACGAAGCUUUAGCUUGGGCGGGUCAAGCAGCAAAAGUGUAAACCCAGAAAAAAAGUAAGCCCUCCAAAAACGGAUAUUCAGUAAAUGUGGAACGCAGGACGAGUAUGUCUACAAUGUGGAAAAAUUACAAUAACAUUCAGAACAGAACCGAGAGAAUUUUCACCGAGGCGUGUGAACAAUCGAUAGAAUUGUUAAAUACUACAGAAAUAUUGCUGUUGUAGUCUAUCAGUGCACAGAUUUGUCGUGGACAGAGUAUGACAGCUUGGACUUCUGUUGGCGCGGCGACGUUUCUGACAAUACUUCAGGACUCCAAGCUGAACUUGCGACAACCUUGCAUCAUAACAUGGUCGCCAGAAGUUAUAUUCCAUUUGCAAUUUUUUUUUAUAAACAAAAAAAACAAAAAAAAACAAAAAAAAAAACACGCAGCAUCGAUGGUAAAGUAAAGCUAAUGGUUAUCUCACUUAUACUAAAUCAAAAAAAAUAAUGAUAAUAACUCAGAAAUGUACAGCUUGAAUGUUACAGCUUGAAAGUUACAGCUUGAAAGUUACAGCUUGUGACAUGAUCACCGAACACCGGUCGUCAACGCGGCGACUUUCGUCGCAAAUGUAAACGCCAAACUUUUCAGGUUUUUUCAUGCCAUGGUGACUGGAAGCGAUCCACUUAAGAUUCAGGGGGUACGGUCGUUGUUGUAAUGCUAUUGAAAAGAGAGAAGGAAAGAAUCCUACAUUUUUUUUUUUUUUCAUGCCCUCCGCUAGCUUUAUUAUCCCCCACGCCCCUCGAUUAGUGUCUUGACUUCUCGUUGUGUGCGUUCACUAACAAUUCUCGCGUCUCUGCCAAAAAUUAAAAGUGCUUUAUCAUUGUUUAA